AUGGCGAUAGACAGGGAAAAGUGUUCCAACACAAAAUUUAGUAUGUUCGUAAUAUCGCAUAAUGCCAAACUAUCGGAGCGCUUUGUUAACUUGUUGGUGAUUCUUCAUACGAUAGCUGUAAUUCUCUGUAGCACCCACAUCCUUGUGAAAUACGUAGAUGAUGGCAAUGCUUCCAAUGUUUCCACACGAUUGUUCAUUUUAGAGAUGGAUCUGCCAUUUGACGCUAAUCAAAGAUUCGUAUAUGAAUCUGUUAUAAUUAGCCAAUUUUUUCAUUUCUUGCUAUGUUCCAACCUUGUAAGUGUAUUCAAUGCUUUUCUCAUAAGUCUGAUAUUGCAUAUAGGCGGUCAAAUCGAUAUUCUGCGUGAGAGUUUAAUGGGAAUUGUUCCGAAGAAAGACAAGGCCAGCUCGAGUCAUUUCACAGUAAAAGAAAUAAUAAAAGAACAUCAAAAAAUCAUUACCUUCUCAGAGCAUAUCGAACAUCUGUAUUCGUAUAUUGCAAUGGUGUUAUUUGUAUCGGAUAUUCUGAUUAUCUGCUGCUUAGGUUUUACAAUUGUCGCAUCAAUCAGUCGACCUGACGUUUUGAAAAAUAUAAUUAGGGUUCUCUUAUAUUACUUGUCCAUAAAUAUGGAAGCAUUCAUAUUUUGCUUUGCUGGGGAAUACUUGAGCGCUAAGAGUAAAAGCAUCGGAGAUGCUGCUUAUGCUUCCCUCUGGUACGAAUCAGAUUCUAAAACCAAUCGAAUUAUAUUGUUUUUGAUAAUGAGAUCGCAAAAUCAGUUAACAAUUACAGUCGGAAAGAUAAUGAAUUUAUCCUUGGAACGAUUUACUAGUAUUAUAAAAACUUCAGGGUCCUAUAUAUCCGUCCUACUUGCGAUGUGUUGAAGCUAUAUUAUAUUUACAUUCAAUUUCUAACUAGCAUUAGCAGUUAUUGUUAACAGGUAUUGUUUAAUUAUUAGAAA